AUGGACGAGAAGCUUAAGGAAGUCUCGAGGCUGAUGAAGGAGAUAAAGGUGAAGAUCGAAGCAAUAAUCCAAAGCAGUGCCCAUGUCAGGGAGUUUAAUUACAAGAUGGAGGCGUUGCUGGCAGCUUUUGAGGCAUAUACGGUACAUGGAGUCAGACACGAUCCGGAAGUUCCCAGGACUCCGAUGCCCAUAGUUCCAUCUGUGGAAAGCAUAGUUAAGGAAAGCAUUGAAGAGGGGGCGGUAGCCGCAGCUUCUUCAAAGGUAAGAAGAGAGGAAAAUCUUGAAGAGUUCAUGAGGAGGAUGGAGUCUAACACAGCAGGUAAUAAUCUGUUUAGGAACAACGCUACGAAGAUAGCAAGAUUCCUUUAUGCCAAUAGGGAAGGCGUUGCAUUGGAAGAGGUCAUCAAAAACACAGGUAUUUCAAGAUAUAGAUGUGUCGACAUUCUCAACUCAAUGCUUAAGGCGGAUCCUCCGUUGGUUUCAAAGAGAUUCGACAAAGGAUUCAUUUAUUCUAUUGUACUUCUCUAA